AUGGAAGCAGAAAAUCAAAAUAUAGAAGCCCAGAGGUCAUUGAGGGAUUAUGCAUCACCUUCCGUUGAUAGCAUUGCCUCGAGUAUUCGUAGGCCGACAGUACAAGCUAACAACUUUGAGAUCAAGCCGGCAAUCAUCCAAAUGAUGCAAGCCACGGUUCAAUUUGGUGGCUUCGUUAAUGAUGACCCAAACGCACACAUCGCCAACUUCUUGGAGAUUUAUGAUACUUUCAAGCAUAACGAAGUCUCUGAUGAUGCUAUACGCCUAAGAUUGUUCCCAUUCUCAUUGAGAGACAAGGCAAAAGCAUGGUUGAGUUCACUUUCACCAGGUUCUAUCACCACAUGGGAUGUCAUGGCCCAAAAGUUUCUAGCCAAGUACUUUCCACCAUCAAAAACUGCAAAGAUGCAAACUGAUAUCACUACUUUUGUGCAGUUUGAGAUGGAGACAUUGUAUGAAGCCUGUGAGCGCUUCAGGGAGUUGUUAAGGAAGUGUCCACACCACCAAUUACCUGUGUGGCUUCAGGUACAAACUUUCUAUAAUGGAUUAUCUUCUACUAAUCGUUCUAUGAUUGAUGCAGCUGCAGAAGGUACCAUUAUGAGGAAGACACCUGAUGAAGCUUAUGAGUUGUUGGAUGAAAUGGCGUCUAAUAGUUAUCAAUGGCAAGUUGACAGGUUACCAAUGAGGAGACCGACUGUAGGACAUGAAGUGAGCAACAUCAGUGCUUUAUCCGCUCAGGUGGCCGCCCUUAAUGCAAAGUUGGACAAUUUAUGCAAUCCAUCCAUGCCUACCGAGAGUAUCACUUGUGACUUAUGUGGAGUGGUAGGACAUGGUUUAGUAGAGUGCCAAAUGGGGAAUACUUUUGCAAAUGUGUUAGAAUCUUCCAACUUUGUAGGGAAUUUCCAUUGUCAGCAACAUAAUCCAUACAACAAUGUUUACAAUCCAGGAUGGAGCAACCACCCCAAUCUCUCAUGGAGCAAUCAUAAUGCCAUAAACUAUCAAGCACCUUCCAGAUUCCAACCACAACAAGAGAAGAAACCAAGCUUAGAGGAGUUGAUGACCAAGUUCGUAAAUACUGCUAAGACAAGAUUCCAAGGUAUGGAAACCAAAUUUCAGAACCAGGAGGCAUUUAUUCAAAACUUGGAGGUACAGGUUGGGCAGAUUGCUAAGAUGCUUUCUUCUAGGCCCCAAGGCUCUUUACUAAGCAACAUAGAGACCAAUCCAAGAGAGCAAGCCAAUUCCAUCAUGCUAAGGAGUGGAAAGGAGUUGCAGGAUCCACCCAAAGCAAGUAAACCCGUGAGCAAGCAAGAGGGGAUGAUCCAAGGAGAAGUGCUUCCACCAAGGGAAUUUUAUGAGACCAAACUAAAAGAAGCUGAAACAACACAAAGAAGGCCAAACCAGAUGGAAGCAAAAUGUGAGUAUGAGUGGUCACCAAAAAUUAAGUUUUUAGAUCCUAAUGUCAAGCCAUACGUGCCACCAUUGCCUUUCCCUCAAAGACUCAAGCAACACCAACAUGAGCAAUUCGCCAAGUUCUUUGAGAUGUUAAAGAAGCUACACAUCAAUAUUCCAUUUGUGGAUGCUAUCACACAAGUCCCUAGCUACGCCAAGUUCUUAAAAGAUAUUUUAGCCAACAAGAGGAAGCUAGCAGAAUUUGAGACAGUCAAGAUGAGUGAAGAGGAGUUUUACUAUCCCUUGUAUUAUUGGUGA